GUCUGCACUUCGCGUGCAUAAAAACCGUCUGGAAAUCUGCGUUAACAGGGCCAGCCGUAGGGCGCACUAUUUCUAGAGCUAUCCGCUGCCCGACCAACUCCCUCACGAUGCUUAUCUCUGAAUACGCAGGCUUGUUCAUGGAUCUGUAAGGUUAAAGCCGUGAGAGAACGAGACGUUCUCGGUAGCUGGCAAAGCCAGGGAAAGUUGGCCCUAAACUUGCCCGGGCAGCCGAAUGCGGGACUACUUCCUGUCGUGCAAGGAGCAGACGAAGCGCGUCGCCCGCUGCUGCGCGCAACUACCGAGAAGGGGCGGCUCGCCGGCCUGCGGAUUCCUUUUGAAACGUCGUUUGAGAACGGGCCCCCGUUGCAUGAUGGAAAGGAGUUGACAAGCGCUCCACUGCGCAUCUGUUGGCGUCUAGCUUAUACGGCGGUGCGCAUAGGCAAAUCGCGGCGACGUUUCUAUUUCUUCCUGUCCAUUCCGUACCCUUAAAUUUGCUACGUAGCGCCUACGAACAGCUGUGUAGGCGCAGGAAAAAACAGUGCAGUGGACCAACGGCUGUCAUUUAGGUGUUCUUGCGUGCUACUUUGCGGUCCAAAUAGGCUCUUGCUUUUGCCUCUCGCGCAGGGACUGGUUCACAGUGCCGCCUCGCUUGAAUGCGUUAGGUUCGCGGCGUGCGUGGAAUAGAAAAAAAAACUAUACAUAUAAUAAAACAGGCCGAAAGACAAAACACGGCCAGGCCCCUGCGCGCUAGCGGAAGACGGCCCACUCAGACGGUCGAGGCUUGCCGAACGGUAUCGUGUCGAGCGAGGACGAGUACCUUCACUGCCAUGGCUUUUCCUGCUAACGAGCGAAAGGGUUUCGCGACAUGGAUUCCUUGCUGCUGCUGCUGGUGGCUCCUUGUCAUCGGCGCAUCCGGAAGUCACAAAGGCGUCGGCUGGAGUUACGGAGCGAAAGGAACUGACGAGUGGGCCGAUCUUCCCAUGGGCGGGUUGAACCAGUGUGGCGGCAAAUUCCAGUCGCCCAUCAACAUCAGAACGCACGAGACCAGGUUCAACAUCUCGCUGGGCCUGCUCCGAUACUCCGGCUACGCAAAAGACCUGCGGGACGCCUUCGUUGUGAACAACGGUCACACAGUUUUGGUGGCCGCCCCGAAGGGAGGUAGCAGCGCGACAGUGACUGCCAGAGGCCUGCCUGGCGUGUACAGGUUCAACCAGUUCCACUUCCACUGGGGAUCCGACUCUACGCUGGGCACCGAACACCAUAUCGACGGUGAAGCCCACGCCAUGGAGAUGCACCUGGUACACACUAACACGAAGUACGCCACAGCUGAGGAGGCGUACAGACACCAGGACGGUCUCUUGGUCAUCGGCGUGAUCUUCAAGGUCUAUCGGCGCGACAACCGAGCGUUGAACAGCGUCGUCUACUCGCUGGACCGUAUGAUCAAGCUGCGGACCAAGCGAGCGAAGCUGUCCAAGGCGAUCUCACUGUCGGACCUUCUCCCGAGUAACCCGAGACAGGCCUACUUCUACAAGGGCUCCCUCACGACGCCCCCCUGUGCCGAGGCAGUCACGUGGGCGGUGCUCAAGAGACCGGCUAAAAUAAGCGAAGGACAGUUGAGGGCAUUUCGUCAUCUGGAAGCUGAAAGCGUGGACAAAGAUGGCAAGGAGCGCUUGGUGAACAACUUCCGGCCUACCAUGCCACUACACGGACGGGACGUCUACAGGAACUUUCUGAUCGUCCCAGUCAACGUUAAAGGGCCGCGGAAGGGAAAGCCUACGUCGGAGAAAGUGAGAUAGGCUAGAUCGCUAAAUCGCCGUUUCGAAACUCAGCGUCAGCAUUCCUUCGCGGCAGAGGAGUGAUUAUACUUAUUGGUGAAGCAUUGGACAAGGCUUUCCAUCUUUCGGAUCGCGUCGAGACAGCUGCACCAAUGGCGUCAAUGGAUUGCGCGAUAUCUUGGCUUGUCUGCGCUAAAUUUACUUCCUUUUAUAUAAAAAAGAAGAAAGUCGUAAAAGCGUUUGAGGGCCAACCUUUCGUAACAUGCAUUCAGGCAUUCAGCAGUGUACCAAUGUAGCUUAUAGUACGAGACUUUCGUGAUACUUUCUUGGCUUAACGCUUCCUUUACAAGGGCCAAGCUGCUACGUCACCGCAUCGAUCUGCUUUGGCGGUGCGUGUUGCCGUCAGCGGUGUCCGUCCGGGGUCAGCUGCUUCGAUUGCAUGAUCGAAUGAUUUAUUUAUUUAUUGAUGCAUUUGGUUGGAUGUCCCAAAGUAAAAACUGGGACAUAUGAGAGACUCCAUAGUGGAGGGCCCCGGAUUACUUUAGAGCAUCUGGUGCACACAAAUCUAACUACACAAACUUUUUUUUUCUUUUUUUACAUUUCAUUCCCACUGAAAUGCUGCCGCUGCUGUCAUGAUUCGAACCCGUCACCUCGCGCUCAUAGCUCCACAGCGCCACAGCGAUGGGUCGGUUCAUUCAUUUAGCAAUUUGACGUUGUGUAUGGAAGCCGUCGACGUAUAUACUGUGUCUGUUGUCAACAUUUCCAAUCCACAAUAAAUAAAUCAAUAUGUCAUUA